AUGAACCCCCACGCCCUUUCACCAAAUUCAGAUCUGGAUCUACCUCGUCUGCGCCAUCAAUGGCUAAAUCGACCACUGGAUGAGAAUCAAGAUCGGAUAAGGGGAUACCUAACGAGACGGCCUGCUCGUGAGUUUUCGUGGAGGUUGGAGAUGCGCGAUGCGAUCGACGGCGUGUUUUGCGGUGGAUCCCGUGCCGAGGCCGACGACCAUGCCGGAUCUGACGUGCUCCACGGCCUUGGCUACGGAGGGGAAAAGGGAGGGCGGCGCGGCGGAGGUGACCACCGGAGCCGGCGCCUCGGCCUUGUAAGCUACGGCCAUUGGUGUUGCCAAAUAAACAAAGCUAAGCUCCAAAAUUUGGAUCGCUAUAUAGCAUAUUCCGGAUUGAAGAAGAAAAGUGGAAAAAUGAAGGAUUUUUAUUGGAGAGGGGCGGCGUUUGAUUGGCGGUACGCGGGAGAAUGGACGUGCAGCAAUUGGGGAACCAUAAGCCGGCGAAAGGCUUGUGUAGCCUAUGCGAAGCAAGCCCACACUGGCUCAGAGGGGGAACGAAGAAGAAUUUAUCUUUUCAAUAAAUUUAAUGAUAGUUAA